CCCGCCCUUCAAAUCUUCCUCAUUCUCUCUCGCCCUCUCUCAUGCGAUUCAAAAAUAAAAAACUUCAACCAUAUGCCAUGGAUAGCAAUUCAAGCUUUUUUAAGUUCCUUUCCCUUCCUCCUUACUCACCAGAAACCCUUUUUUGCGAGCCAGAGCAGCCUCUCUGUAACUCUAGGGCCGGGUGUUACCCUGCAUUGUCUCAAAUGAACCAGUUUCAGGGCCAUUUAAUGGUAAACAGGCCAGUGGAAAUGCAGGAGCAACGGUUCUAUUGCUUGGGGCCUGGUUUUGGUUUUCUGAAGUCGUGCUUCGCUUGCAAGAAAAUGCUUUCUUGUGAUAAGGAUAUCUACAUGUACAGGGAUUUGUGUGCCUUUUGUAGCACAGACUGCCGAGAUAGGCAAAUCAUGCUUGAUGAGCAAGCGGAGAGAACUGAGAUGGGGUCCACCACAGUAGACAGUUCGAACUCCAUGCAGUGCUAUGCUGACGUCAAACACAUGAAUGUUAGAGUGGCUGCUUAAUUAAGGUUUAUACUUAUACAGCUGAUUUCAUUUAUUAGCUAACGUGGGCUUCUAGAGAGGUGUUCAUAGUCUACAUCAGUGCAAUGCUGUGUUUCCAUCGCCUCAAGCUUGCACACUUUAGUAGGAGAGGUUCUUUCUUUACGUUGUUUAUGACAGUUCUUGCACAUAAUUGAAGUUUGGUAUGUCGAAGGAAUAAAAAUUAAUUAAGGAUUAGGUUUCUGUGAAUUCUUAUGUUUGCUAUAAAUGGUGGUUUGAACUUCGAAGACAUUAGAAUUAUGACAGAAAAUGGAGAGCAUCUAGUGUUUAAUC